AUGCGUGGUGUCCAGAUCUUUUCGGGGAAUUCCCACCCCGCCCUCGCAGAUACUAUCUGCGAGAGGUUAGGCACUGUGCCUGCUAAAGCUAACUUGGGAAAGUUCGCCAAUGGCGAGACCAGUGUGAACAUCGGUACCUCAGUGCGGAACCAGGAUGUCUACAUCGUCCAAAGUGGCAGUGAGAAGAUUAAUGACAGUGUAAUGGAGCUCCUGAUUAUGAUUUCAGCGUGCAAGGGUGGCUCAGCCAAGUCGAUUACAGCGGUCGUGCCAUAUUUCCCCUAUUCGCGCCAAUCUAAGAAGAAGAGUCAUCGCGGUGCCAUCACGGCCCGCAUGCUCGCCAAUCUCCUCACGAUCGCCGGCGUGGACCAUGUGAUUACCAUGGACCUGCACGCAUCCCAGAUGCAAGGGUUCUUCGGAAAGCCGGUCGACAACCUCUUUGCCGAACCGUUCAUUGCGCGCUGGAUCCGGAUGAAUGUCACUGGCUGGAAAGACGCCGUCGUGGUGAGCAAGAAUGCAGGCGGUACCAAGCGAGUAACAUCGCUGGCCGAUACUCUCAAGCUCAAUUUCGGAAUCGUGACGACAGAUCGUCGUCGGCCGAAGGUCCCUGUGGCCACCAUGUCUGACAGCACAGUCUUCUUCGAUGCCAGGGAUGAAGAUCCUCGCGCGACCAAGGACCCACAGCCUUUUGAGCUGCACUUGCACAAAUCUCUCAGAACCCCUGCCACUCCCCCUAUUCCAGAAGAGCCGGAGCCGGUCACUCCUCCUCAGGAGCAGCUCCUGCGACCCGAGACCCCACCUGCAGCUCGCCGCCCAUCGGAGCUGGAAGCAGCCUAUGAGUACACGGAUUUGCGUGUCCGGGAGGUCAUCACUGGGCGUCUGGUGCAAGGCCAAUUGGUUGACGAUGACUAUCGCUCCAAUGAAGACUCACAUUCCGGUGGCACCACGCCGGGGGCAGGCAGCAACCACGAAGAGGUCGUCCCGGAUGCCAUGUUCAACUCGAUGAUUUCCAACGCCUCGUCGCAGGCUCCUGAUCAUGCACUCGGUGGCUCCUUUGACGCAGUGGAGUCUGAUGACGAAGCUAGUGUCUGCGGUGGACACGCCGACGAGAGGACCAUCACGCUGGUCGGCGAGGUCCGCGACCGAUCCGUUUUUGUUGUCGAUGACAUGAUCGACAAGAGUGGGUCGUGGAUUGCCGCUGCCGAGACUGUUGUGAAGCGUGGUGGUGCCAGCAAGGUCUACUGUAUUGCUACUCACGGACUCUUCACCGAAGAGUCACUGGACCAGAUGGAGGCCUGCCCGUCCAUUGACCACAUCGUCGUGACCAACACCUUCCCAAUCUCACCGUUGAUGCUGCGGCGAUCCAAGAAGCUGAUUGUGAUUGAUGUGUCCAGCCUAUUGGCAGAGAGCAUCCGGAGGCACCAUUACGGCGAAAGCGUCUCGGCCCUCUUCCACCUUAACGACUGA